AUGGCUGAUCUGUAUGCGAUCAUUGUGUUGAUGGAACAACUAGAAAAAGCGUUCAUUCGUGAUUCUAUAACAGCGGCAGAAUACACACCGCAAUGUGCGAAUCUGAUUGCGAAAUAUAAGACGACAAUGAACUUUCUGCAAGACAGCGUCACGAAUUUGGACACAUUUAUGGAUGAUUACAAGCUCACGUGCCCUGCCGCGGUAAACCGAUUCAAAAUCGGGGUUCCCGCGACAUAUGAACAUGCAGUGGGCGAUAACAGCAACGAUGUUGGUCGAUCAGCUAAAUAUAUUGCGGAAUCUGUGCUGCAUUUUAUCACAUUAAUGGAUACCUUACGAUUGAAUCGGCAUGCUGUGGAUGAGUUGCAUCCAAUUCUUGCGGACUUGAUUCAGUCGUUGAAUAACGUGCCAGGAUUACCGGCGGAUUUUGAAGGUCGGAACAAAGUACGGCAAUGGCUUAUUACUCUGCAUUCCAUGAAAGCAAGUGACGAGAUUACAGACGAUCAAGCAAGGCAAAUGUUAUUUGAAAUGGAACAAUCGCAUACCGAGUUUUAUCGAUUAUUAAGUGGGGAGCAUAAAGUUGAUGACAGCUGA